GAAAUUGAGACAAGAUAAUCAGACUUAGUAAAUGAUAAAGUUACUGAGAUGCAGAUUCAUCUGAUAUUAGCUGUGUUUUAAAAAGGUGUUUAUGUUAGUAAAGACAAUAAUUGGAUUCCAUCGUGGAUUUCACUUUGGUGUGAACUGAUAAAUUAUCUUGGCACAGAUCCAGACGCUGAGUAUGAAGGUUGUUUCCAUGAUGACUCCACGGAGACUACACUCCAUUCUCUCGCUACCACACCUCCAGUCAUUCACCUUGACGAUUAUCGGACGAGUUGACAUGGACGAUGGAGAGACACUGACUCGUCAAACCUCCUCAGUAGAUGAGCUUUCUGUGGAUGGUAAGCAUGUGAUCAGCCUGUGGAAUCUUGGACUUCAUACAUCAUGUCCUCGAGUGAAAAAACUCAAACUGAACUACCAGAAAGAGGAGAAUGUCUCAUCAGAAAUUGUCACAAUAGCCUGCUUUCCAUUCCAUCAUCUAACUCACCUUCGCGUCAAGGGAUACUGGCCAUUUGAAUUAGUUGCACUAAAUGAUCCUGUGUCAUUUUGUGAUGCGGUUAAAACAUCAUGUCCUCAACUCACCAAGCUGUCCCUUACCCGUAUUACACUGAAGAACGAGAAGGCAGCCGAGAUCAUCCAACUCAUGAAGACUCAUCCACACCUGACAAGCAUAGAGUUGGAUGCGUGUGAUACCAACGCGGGUCUGGAUCCACUGAUUUCUGAGGUGAACAGUGAAGCCAAGGUGACUGUCACCGUGAAACAUAGUCAGGUAAGAUAUAACACUAGAUUACAUGGCCAUCCUCUGAUUGAUUCUCAUCCCUUUUCUGGCAUUCCAUUGAUUCAAAGUAGGCUAUUUGUUUAAUUAUUCAUAUCUAAAUCCGCACAAUCGGUACCCAAGAAUAAACAAUGCACAUAAUUUAAGCUGUCUUUUAUGUGUUUAUUCUGGUCUGAUUAAAAUGAUCUAGUCUAGCAAUAGGUUUGUUCUUGAUCUGUGUAUUGAUAUAUGAAAACUGAAAUAUAACAGACAUAGAGAAAAAGACUCUUCACAACAGACUAUAUGAACAUUAUUAGUGAAAAAGUACUUUCCUUCACAUUCAUGAUGUAUAAGGCAAAAACGCUCAUUGUACUUUGUCCUCUUUUUUAUUAAAGCGAUAUGACCUUAAUUUCUGAUGAAAAGAUGGACAUUUUCCCUUAAAUGUUUUAUAUAUAGGUCUAAUUGCAGAAAUGUCAAAUUAUCAUGUAGCAUGCAUCUGAGCAAAACUAACUCCACUCAGCAAGUUGACAAAGGUAGAUAGAUAAAACAUGCUUCUUACAAUAAUGCAAUAUUCAUGAGUUCUAUUUUUUUUCAGAACAUGUUAAAGAUGAAUAAUCAAACUGCCUGUAUGAUUCUCACUUCUGUAAUUAAAAGCAACAACAAGUAACAUUUCAUGACAAAAUGAUGUGAUUAAGAUGGGUGAUAGGUAGGGGGUGUAGGCCUAUCUAUGUCUCCUCUUCCUCUGCCUGCUACCUUGGUCAUGAUAGAGACAUUAUAAGGCCUAAAAUAAAAAACU